AUAAACGCGGGGUUCUUAUUAUUUGGGGGCCGUUUUCCUGCACCCUUUACUGACCGGUUUGGGCUGGCGGGUGACGGCUUCCCCUUAUCAGUGAGUCAGAGCUCUUUGUAGUCGAUAACAUGCGCGGCGUUCACUCCACUCUCCAGCUGCAGCGAACAUGACACAGAAGUCUCUGCUUCCCCUCCUGAUCUGCCUCACUUCAUGGAGCGGUUUGGCCGGUGCGGUGGAUGUCACCAUUCCGGAGAAGGCGGUGGUGGGUAAGGUGGGCUCCAGCCUCGUCCUGCCCUGCACCUACAGCACCUCUGUUGGCUCAGAUUUUGUUCUCGAGUGGAAGUUUGCCCCGGGGAACACCCCCCCAUCCAACGGGCGCCAGAUUUAUUAUUAUUUUAACGGGGUGUCGUAUAAACCGGGGCCCCAGGCCGACCGGCUCCACGUUCUCCAGGAUCCCCCGACCGCCGGAGUGGCCUCAAUAUCCCUGUCUGAUCUCCGUCCGUCCGAUAACGGCUCCUACGCGUGCGAAGUGAAUAAUCCCCCCGACUUCUCCGGCACCGGCUCCGGGAUCCUUCUGCUCACAGUGCUGGCUCCCCCGUCGUCCGCCAGCUGCCAGAAGAACGGGAACCCCAUCACGGGGACCGAUUUAACCCUUCAGUGCAGCUCCUCAGGAGGAAACCCAACUCCCAUCUUCUCCUGGACCUUCAUGGGAUCCAAAACGCCACUGCUCCCCGGCAUGAUGGAGAAUCAGAGGACGGGCUCUCUGCUCCUCACCAACCUGUCGCAGGCGCUGUCCGGCAGCUACCGGUGCACGGCCUCCAAUGAACUGGGCCAGGCGACAUGCGAUAUAAGCAUAUCGGUAACGAGCGGUGUGGAUGCCGGCGCAGUCGCCGGGGCCGUGGUGGGCGUCCUCUUGGCGCUGCUUCUCAUCGGGAUCGCCGUUUAUUUUCUGUAUUACAGGAAGAGGAAGGUCCCCAACGCCGAUUACCCCGGAAAUGACAUAAGAGAGGACGCGACGUCUCCGCGGCUGACCGGUGACCAGAGCGGAGCGAGCGGGGCGAGCGGGGCGAGCGGGGCGAGCGGGGCGAGCGGGACGGACUCCUCCGCUCCGCACGCAGCUCGGGAGAGACGCGAGAACGCCGUGAUAUAA